AUAAACACACGGGAGAAACUGUCAUGGACGGGGAGGAGGCCGCGGCGGCUGAGGGGGACGUUUGGGACCUCUCCUGGGACUCCCCGGCUCAUUUCUGAACGGGCCUCUUCUCCCAGUGGCAUCGGCAUCCGACAGGGCUAGAGGCUAGACCCGAGGACUCGUAGAAAAAAAUAAAUCUCCGUCGUUCCCCGGAGGCGGAGCUGGCCGGCCGGGCAAGGCUGUGAGGCCCGGUCCGCGAGCCUGCGGACAUGGAUGACAGCAAGGUAGUUGGAGGCAAAGUAAAGAAACCAGGUAAACGUGGUCGGAAACCAGCCAAAAUUGACUUGAAGGCAAAGCUUGAGAGAAGCCGGCAGAGUGCAAGAGAAUGUAGGGCCAGAAAAAAGCUGAGAUAUCAAUAUCUGGAAGAAUUAGUGUCUAGUCGGGAAAGAGCCAUCUGCGGUCUCAGAGAAGAACUGGAAAUGUACAAGCAGUGGUGCAUGGCAAUGGAUCAAGGAAAAAUCCCCUCUGAAAUAAAAGCUCUACUAACUGGAGAGGAGCAGAACAAAUCUCAGCAGAACUCAGGCAGACAUACCAAGGCUGUAAAAAUAGAAGCUAAUAACUCUUGGUGAGGAUCAUUUCCAUUUACACUCACGAAUCAGUUGCUGAAUUGAACAUUCAGAAUCACAUGAAGAAUGGACUGGAUUGGGCUUUAGAAUUUAAUUUGCUACCUACAGUUUAGUGGUCAUAUAUGUUAAUCUGCAAUUGUUGACCAAAAUCUGUGAUGUGUGUUGAAGGACCUUAUUCAACAACAAGAAAAUUCGGAAUAUUCAGUCCUCUUUCAUUUGAUGUUGAUAGCUGCAGUAGAUUUGCACAUGAUGUGAUGCUCGGAAGAACCCACGUGGCAUGGAGGACAAUAAGUUAAGAGACUGUAGUUUUGCACCUUAGUUUCAUAUUGGUUAAUUAUGUUCUUUUCAUUUAAUUGUGUGUAUUGGUGUCACUUUAUUUGCUUUGUUUUUUUGUAUACUCUUAUUCAGAGAAGCCAAAUAGGCUGUUUGCUAAAUUAAAAGUUUUCAACUUUUAAAAUGGACCUGAACUUCUUUCAUCAAAAUUUAUUUGAGUGAUUUGUAUAUUUCUUGCAGGAACCACAGAUCAUUCCAUUCUGUGUAUCAUUCCAGCAUAAACUGUGCAUAUGUAUUAAUAAUUAUAUGCACCUCUAUUUUUGUAAUCCAUGAUGAUCUUUCUGUUAUAUUUUACCUUUAAGGACAAUCCAUAUGAAAAGCUAUUGGAAGCUCUUGUCACUUUCUUCCCCAACUGUAUUUAUAAAAACUAUUGAAAUUUCUUCAUUUAUAUUAGCAAAUAAAUUAAUCAAACUUUAAAAUUA